UGUGUUGAAUCCGUCCGCGUCUUGUUUGUGUUGCUGCUUCUCCAACAUGUCUCUGAGCCUGAGGAUUCAAUGUGGAUUUCUGAAGAUGAGAAACGUCUUCGGACGAACUUCAGCGUUUCCGGCGACGAGCUCCAGACUCUACAGUCAGUCCCCGGACUCGACCCGUCCCGAGACGUCCAGCGUUAAGAACAUGAUGGACAUCGGGACGCGGCGAAUCUUCGACGGCGACCACGACAUCUUCAGAGCGAGCGUGCGGCGCUUCUUCCAGGAGGAAGUGGUCCCGCACCACACUGAGUGGGAGAAGGCCGGGCAGGUGAGCCGGGAGGUGUGGGAGAAGGCCGGGGAGCAAGGCCUGCUGGGAAUACUGAUCCCCGAGGAGCACGGUGGCGUGGGAGGAGACCUGCUGUCUGCCGCCGUCGUGUGGGAGGAGCAAUCCUACUGUAACUGCUCCGGCCCGGGUUUCCCCCUCCACUCCGACAUCGUGGUGCCGUACAUCGCCAACUACGGCAGCAAGGAGCAGAUCGAGCGCUUCAUUCCAGACAUGGUCGCUGGGAAAAGCAUCGCCGCGAUCGGGAUGACGGAGCCGGGAGCCGGCAGUGACCUCCAGGGCGUGAAGACGUACGCCAAGAGGGACGGCAGCGACUGGAUCCUCAACGGCAACAAGGUGUUCAUCUCCAACGGGUGGAUGUGCGACGCCGUGGUCGUGGUGACGGUGACGGACCGCGAGGCCAAGGCGGCCGCACACGGCAUCAGUCUGUUCCUGGUGGAGGACGGCAUGAAGGGCUUCCAGAAGGGACGCAAGCUGGAGAAGAUCGGCCUGAAGGCUCAGGACACGGCUGAGCUGUUCUUCGAGGACGUGCGGCUGCCGGCGAGCGCUCUGCUGGGCGAAGUCAACAAGGGAUUCUACUACCUGAUGAAUGAACUUCCUCAGGAGCGCCUGGUGAUCGCUGUCAUGGCCAUCGCCAGCUGCGAGUUCAUGUUUGAGGAAACCAGGAACUACGUGUUGCAGAGGAAAGCGUUCGGCAAGACCAUCGCUCACCUGCAGACGGUGCAGCACAAGCUCGCCGAGCUGAAGACUGAGAUCUGCGUGGGCCGAGCCUUCAUCGAUAACUGUCUCACGCUCCACGCCGAGAAACGCCUGGACGCCGCCACCGCCUCCAUGGCCAAGUACUGGGCGUCGGACCUCCAGAACAAAGUGGCCACCGAGUGCCUCCAGCUCCACGGAGGCUGGGGCUACAUGUGGGAGUACCCCAUCGCCAAGGCGUUUGUUGACGCCCGUAUUCAGCCCAUUUACGGAGGAACCAACGAGAUCAUGAAAGAACUGAUCGGCCGCAGCAUCGUCCGUCAGAAGUGAGGAAUCUGAAACUUGCUCCUGGAGGAAGUCGGGAUCACCAGUGGAAACAGGAGGAACUUUAAACUGUAGAAAGUUGUAAUAAAAAUGUAGUUUCACACAUUUUAACGCGUUCAGGGAUUUUGCAGCUCGGUGGUUUGUUGUGUGUUUGAUAUUUCUGUGUGACUCACAUCAUUAAGAACAAGCAACUGUAUUGUUUUGCCACCUUUUAAUUUAAAUUCCAAACCGACCUCAUAAAUAUGUCUGAAUAUGUUUCAUAAUAAUUCACACAUAACUCUCUGGGACAAUCAAAUGUCAUAACUUGCUCUGUUAGAGAAGGUGAGAGAAAACUCAUGGAUCUGUGAUCAUAAAGUUGAAAAACUUGGAGAAAGACUGAGACAUUUAAAUCUCUUUGACAUAACACUAUAUAAUAAAUAUAUUAUACAUAAAUUAAAUAUAUAAUAUUGUUGUGGAUUUUUUCAAACUAAAGGUGCCAUGUCCUUAGUACUUUCAAAUGUGAAUAUCAAUAAAUAAAAACUGGAAGUCUGAA